AUGCGGACUCGGAUUGAUGCUCACUUUUCCCAGCCUGGCAGAUGCAACACUGUCGGAUGGGGAGAAACCUCCAAUGGCACGCUCAUUCCUGUUCGUCCUGGUGUUGUGUACAAUGGCUGCUGUGGCCCUUUUCUGCCAGGAGAAGUACACGGCGCGAUACCGCCUCCGGGCCAGCAUCGAGAAGUUCCAGUCCCCACCAGCUUUCGCGAUCCUCUCCUGCCUCGACAAGUUGAAGUCUGCAACGGCAACGGCAACGGCAGCAACAACGGCAGUUUCGAUCCUCUUCAGUCUGGUGGAGUCUACAGCGGCAGGCCUGGCUGUGGCCUUCAGCCUGGCGAGGUCAACAAUGGCACCUUUGGUCGUGUCAAGCUUCCGCCUCUCCUCCGCGCCCAAGACCCCAAUGCCAACAUUAGCCUGACCCGGCAGGUCCAGAUUCUCAAUGGCAGGCGCAACUUUAGUCCUUACAAUCCUGGUGGAGUUUACCAUGGCCUGCGCAGUCCAUUCCAGUCCGGUGAAGCCUCCAAUCCACACCUGCACCAUGUCAAUCCAGGCCGAGUCUCCGAUGCCAGCCAUCAUUCUGUCCAGCAUGACAAUACCUCGAUGAUCAACUCUGGCAUUGUCCAGCAGGGUCACAUCUCUGGCAUUGUCCAGCAUGACCACGUCUCUACUGGCAGUGGUCAUUUGGUCGCGCCGGAGCAUACCCCGAUGGUCAACUCCGGCCUCGUCCAGCAGGGUUACGUCGCCGGCCUCGUCCAGGAGGGUCACGUCUCCGGCCUUGUCCAGCAUGGUCACGUCUCCGGCCUUGUCCAACAGGGUCACGUCUCUACUGGCAGCGUUCGUCUGGUCAGGCCGGAAGAUGUCUUGCGAAGCAACUCUCGCCUCGACCAGUAUUUCGUUGCCCAGCCUGAUACUAACAGCAUCUCCAAUGCCAAAUUCAACUUCGGCUAUGUCCCACCGUACGGAGUGUCUCGGUCUGACUCCCUCACCACCCAGCCGGGUGACUGUGACUCUGUUCGGUCUGAUGACCUGGGCGACGACAGCGACUUUGGAUCUGUCCAGCCUGAGCCUGUCUACAGACACCACCUUGAUCCUGUCCGGCCUGGCCAAGUCUUCUAUCACAGAUAUCUAAUCCAUCGCAAGCUCGGCAAAGGUGGCAGCUCGACGGUAUGGCUGGUGACCGACCAGAGAGUCGGCCAGUACCGAGCCUUGAAGGUAUCCCAUGUCGUUGGCCAUAACGAGCGAUUCAAUACUAUCGAGCGGGAUGUCAUGGAACACUUGCGCAACUUUGACCCUGACCAUCCGGGAAGACGACACGUCGCUAUGCUAUUCGAGUCCUUCGAGUACAUCACGCCGUAUGGACGACAUCUCUGCUUGGUAUUGGAGCCUAUGGGCGAGACUUUGAGAACCUUCUCCAGCAUGUUUGAAGACCAUGAGAUUCCUUAUCCCCUGAUGCAACUCUUCACCAAACAGUUGGUAGUUGGGAUGGGAUAUGCUCACGGGGCGGGUAUCAUACACGGAGAUAUCAAAUGCCAAAACAUUAUGGUGAGGAUCAACGAUGUGGCCGUCAUCGACAAGUACUUGAGGAAAACUUCGCCCAACUUCGCCACCACUGUCCCCGCGAGGGGCCAGAGCCUCCGAGGCCACUACCUUCCCAGAGACAGCAAUCUGAUGGAACUCGAGGUUGUUCUGGUGGACUGGGGAUCUGCCAGCUGGACCAAACAUCCCCGCGAAGACAUCCAACCGGUUCCGCUACAGGCCCCGGAACUCAUGAUCGGCGCUCCGUGGGGUCCCAGAGUGGAUAUCUGGGGUUUGGGCAUAGCCCUCCUCGAAAUGCUCGACAGCUCUCGACGCUUCAAUUGUGAUGGCCGACCCACUCACAGCAAAGGCGGCACCGUUGACAAUCUCAAGCAGAACGACAAUCUCAAGCAGAACGACAAUCUCAAGCAGAACGACAAUCUCAAGCAGAACGACAAUCUCAAGCAGAACUUACAGGAGCUCGUUGCACUCUUUGGACCCAUACCUCGUGAGUUGAUGGACAAGGGCAACCAGGCAUUGGUGGAGCGGUACCUCGAUCAUAAAGGGGAGGUCCGUGACCGAGUCCCCUCUCAACCCACUAGACUGGAGGUCUGGGUGGUCUGUCUGAUCAAGCGACAGCAAAAGGAUUCCCUUGAGCUUUUCCUUGCCACCAUCCUGAAGGUUGAUCCCUUCUGGCGUCCUACGGCCACGAAUUUGUUGAAACAUCGUUGGGUCAAAACGCCGGGCCCGGAUGUGCUCUAUCGUGUUGAGUGGGAGGAUUGA